AUGGCAUGGCUGGACCGCUUUCACAACGACAGCCCCUUUUACGAAUCUUUCGACGGCGACAAACACGAAGCCUCUCAGCUCCUCGUCCUCGUGUUCCGCGCUUACUUCUCUCCUAUCAUUUUCGUCCACGGUGUCUGUGGAAACCUACUCUCUCUUGUCGUCCUCUGUCGUCUUCACCGACGCACACCGGGACGCUUUAACCUCUAUGCCAUCGCCAUCACUGUGUUAUUUCUCGUCCUACUCGUUUUUGAUACAUUCCUGGAUGACUUUUUCGGUAGAGGUCUCGGUUGGCUCACUCAGUACAGAUUUAAUCUCAAGAUGGAUCAGAUAUCCUCCCUUUCCUGCAAAUGCAUCACCUAUGUGACUGAUAGCAGUGGAUUCACGGCUACCACCAUUUUGGCUAUUUUUGGACUGGAUCGGGUACGUACUGUCUACUCACCAUUCCAAUUCCGUGGCGAUCGGCACCUUCGAUGUACAACCAUUCUCAUUGUUGCUAUUGUCGUAAUCGGCUUGGCGCUCUUCUCACCAACUUUUGUGUUCUAUGACAUUGUCGUCUCCAACGUUACCAACCAAACUUCCUGCACUCUCACAAAUCCCAGCCUGCCUGGCGCCACCUACACUCUCCUAAUCUAUGUUCUUGGAUCGUAUACCCUUCCCACUGUCGUGAUCAUUAUCUGCAACCUCUUGAUCGCCUGGCAGCUUGUUGCCAUCAAAAGGAACCAUCGGAAGUGUGGAAUAAGCGUCUCCAGUCGUCGCGACAUUCGUCGUAUCAUUGGUCAUUUAGGGAUCAAUACUGCCUUCCUCCUUCUCAUGAUUCCCUUAGUGGUUGUUAUCCUCAUGCGUUAUGAUUCCUCCCUUUUUCCUUCACGUCACUCAGAGGCCUAUAGACAACGCCUGAUCCAUCUCUCACGCUUCUUCAGCUCCCUUCUUUCGGUUUAUUUCUCGAGUAGUUUUUGGGUCUUCUUCCUUUUUCUCCCCACCUUUCGUGACGCGGUGUUGGAACUGCUCCUCGCCUGUCCACUGAUAGCCUCUUCGGUGUGUGGCCCUUAUCUCUACCGCCGCAUGACAUAUGGGGGUGCACGGCGCUUCUGCGCUAAAUCAAUGACGCCCUCAUUGAUGUGUCUCUCGCCUCUGCCACCCUUGGCGUUGGGCGCGGAGAAGCAGGGCUUCCAGACCCGCGGCAGCCUCCCAUCCCCCGGUCUGGCUGUCCUCCUCGCCAGACCCAUGCGCUCGAUCUCCACGCCCAGUAUUGUGCAUCUCAAAACCUGA